UACCCCCAUCGAGUCGUUUGUUUCAAGUGCAAAGCUGAGCGACCCGGUAAGGACCAUCAACACCUUAGUGUCACUGGCGAUUGCUAACCAGAGCAGAAGAUGACUGCGGCGGUUCUGGUCCCUUCUUGACAGGCGAGACGGUGAGUGUCCUCAGCAAACACCCUUCCAUUACGUCGUCAUCCGGAAUUUGGAGGGAUCCGUCACCGAGAAGUGCUCGCCAAAGGCGUCAUGAAGUUGUUCGUCGAGAACCAGGAACCCCCAAAACAAACUCCCACCACUACCAACAAACUGAAGUCGACGGCGCCGACCGCAAGCACUGUUGGCCUCGGAGCAAAGCCCGGCUCACUUCGGCGUGUGUUCCUAAUGGGGGAUUCCAAACCAACGAGUCUUGGAGAUAUGGUUUUGCCGAGUGUGCCACUGUCGAGGACGCCAUGGCCGCUGUCGCAAAGUUCCGUGCGUCUCCAAGAUUUACCAUUGCAUCCAAGCCUGUUGUGGUGGCUUUCAUCCAUACCGGCGUUUUCAUUCCCGCCUUCGAUGACCCGGCGCCUGAGAACCAAAACGUCUCCUUCACUCCAAGUUACAACCCUUCUGUGCGCGUCGAAUACUGGGAUGAACGCGCCUAUCACCAAGUUGGGGUUCUUGAUGAUGUCCGGUCGUGAUGGUCAUUGCCUUGAUGAAGUUGCUGAGAUCAUUUGGGCUCCUGAGCUCGUUGGGUUUAUCUGCGGUCAUAGAGUGGAAGAAAUCGAGAACUCUGCUCUUGGGGUCACCCAUUUGAAUGGUGUGGUGUCACGCUCAUCGAAUACAAGGAGGGCAUCAACUCAACUCAACUCAACUCAACCCAACUUAUGCAAAAGAAGGCCCAACUCAACCCAACUUCAGAGCCGGGUUGAGUUGGUGAGUUGAGGUACAUUGAGGCCAAGACCCCCUGGAAAUACCUCGUGGCA